AUGGGCACCUCGUGGGCUUUGCCCCUCUUCCUACUCCUGGGCUCUGUAGUCCAGAUCCUUCCUCUGGAACUUCAGCAAGGCUCUGUCUCCUUAGAUGCAGUCAACUCCUCUCAGGGUCUGGGUUCGAAAAUCCCCUCCACUGGACUCCCAAGCCUGAACUCAGAUGGGUCUGUGGGUUCCCCAGCGUCUGGUAGGAUCCCUGAUCCCACCCUGUUUCCCGAGUCUCUCAGUGGAAAUGGCAGGGCCAGCUCCCGGUGGCCACAUGCUUCAACCGAGACAGGAGCGCCCAGCUCUGACCCGACCUCUGAGCUCUCUGGCGCCAAAGCACUUCCUGACAUCUCAGGGGCUCAAAUUCCUGCCCCAAAUGCCACGCCUCCCUUCUCCCCGAAGACCCUGGCUUCCAACGCUUCUGCUCAAGAUACCAAAGCAUCUGGCGAGGCUCCCGGUUCCAAACUCCCCUCUAAGAGUCAGGACCUUGAACUUUCCCCCUACGGCCUUGGAUUCCAAGUUCCUUUCGAGACCCAUCCCGCGGAAAGCUUCCCCCAGCAGGUGGGGGGCCCUCUGGCUGUGCUAGUGGGGACCACCAUCCGCCUCCCCCUGGCUCCAGCCCCCAGUCCUGGCCCCCCUGCUCCACUCGUGGUCUGGCGACAGGGCUCAAAGGUGCUGGCAGCCGGGGCCCUGGGCCCUGGGGCUCCCCUACUCAGCCUGGACCCUGCUCAUCGCGAGCGCCUGCGCUUCGACAGGGCAGGAGGGGGGCUGGAACUGGCCUCUGCCCAGAUGUCGGACGCGGGCGUCUACACGGUGGAGGUGAUCCGGGGAGGGGUCUCUCGGCAGGUUCGGGAGUUCACAGUGGACGUGUAUGAGCCCCUUCCCCCGCUGUCGGUGCAGCCCAAGGCCCCGGAGAUCGAGGAGGGGGCGGCCGAACUCCAGCUGCGCUGCGUGGGGUGGAAGCCGGGUCGCGGGAAGCUGAGCUGGAGCCGCGACGGCCACGCCCUGGAGGCCGCGGACCCAGAGGGCGGCGCCACGCCCCGCAUCCGCACUGAGGGCGACCAGCUGCGCAUAGCGCGCCCGGGGCGCAGGGACCAGGCCCGGUACACCUGCAGCGUCCGCAGCCCCUUCGGCCACCGCCAGGCUGCGGCCCUCGUCAGCGUCUUCUACGGCCCGGACCCGCCCGUUAUCACCAUCUCAUCGGACCGCGACGCCGCCCCCGCGCAGUUCGUCUCCGCGGGCACCGACGUGACCUUGCGCUGUGCCGCCGCCUCGCGGCCGCCCGCCGACAUCGCCUGGAGCCUGGCCGACCCCGCGGAGGCGGCGGUGCCCGCCGGGCCGCGCCUCCUGCUGCCCGCCGUGGGGCCGGGCCACGCCGGCGCCUACGCCUGCAUUGCCGCGAACCCGCGCACCGGCCGCCGCCGCCGGUCUGUGUUCAACCUCACCGUGGCGGAUCUGCCCCCCGGGUCCCCACAGUGCUCAGUGGAAGGGGGUCCUGGGGAUCUCAGCCUCCGUUUCCGCUGCUCGUGGCCUGGCGGAGUCCCAGCCGCCUCCCUGCAGUUCCAGGGCCUCCCGGAAGGCGUCCGUGCUGGGCCGGUGUCCUCCGCCCUUCUGGUGGCCGUGCCCGCCCAUCCCGGGCUCAGUGGCGUGACUGUCACCUGCCUGGCUCGACACCUGGCGGCCACGCGCACCUGCACCGUCACCCCAGAGGCCCCUCAGGAGGUGCUACUACACCCCCUGGUGGCAGAGACCAGGUCAGGGGAGGCAGAAGUGGUCCUGGAGGCCUCCGGCUGUCCCCCACCCUCAAGAGCAGUCUGGGCUCGGGAAGGCCGGCCACUGGCUCCGGGAGGAGGGGGACGCCUGAGGCUCAGCCAGGAUGGGCGCAAGCUCCUCAUCAGCAACUUCAGCCUUGACUGGGACCUGGGGAACUACUCUGUGCUGUGCAGUGGCGCACUAGGCGCCGGGGGCAACCAGAUCACACUUGCAGGCCCCUCCAUCUCCUCAUGGAGACUACAGAGAGCCCGCGAUGCCGCGGUGCUGACUUGGGACGUGGAACGCGGGUCCCUGAUCAGUGGCUUCGAGAUCCAGACACGGACACAGAGAUCUGACCAGAGCAGAGUCACCAACUACAGGGACUGGGUUACCCUGCUCUUUCUGGGUCCUGGAGAACGGUCUGCCGUGGUGCCACUCUCUCCUGGGAACCCCACAACCUGGGUCUUUCGGAUCCUGCCCGUGCUGGGAGCCCAUCCUGGGACUCCUUCCCAAAGUCGGGUCUACCAGAUGGGACCCACUCUGAGCCCCGGGGCCAUCACUGGCAUCGUCCUGGGAUCCUUACUAGGCUUGGCGCUGUUGGUAGGGCUUAUUAUCCUGUGUAUCUGCUGCCUGCAACGCUCCCAAGGAAAGGCUCCUACAAAAAAGCAGCAGCCCCUGACCUUGCCACCUGUGAUCACCCCACCAAGAAAGACCAUGCAGAAGAGUGUGACCCCAGUACAGACUCCACAGCCACUGCCUAUCAAAUGCCCACCGAAGGACCUCAGCCCAGUCAGGGCUCACCAACUCACUGGCCCGCGUCCAGUCAUCUGUCCAGGUGGGGGCUCUCGGACUGUUCGGACAGCCACACAGGUGUGAUCACAGCUGGCGGCCAGCUCUGCAUGGUAUCUUUUGCCUCAGCAGCAAAGAGGGCCUGAAUUGACUGAGGGG